AUGGCUUCUGUAGAACACUGCCUUUACUGCUUCGAGGCUCUGGCUUCGCACCUGGAGAAGCGUCCGGGUCUCGCCCUCAAGGAGAUUCAGCGAUCAUGGCCCGAAUACGUAAAGACGCUCGGUGACGGCAGGGACGGCGGCAAGAAGCUCCUCCCUGCCCUGCAGCGCCUCGCCGACCCCGCGAGUGACUCGGCAUCCGCCUCCUCCGGUUCCAGCUUCUCGCUGGCAGCCGAGACCCCCGCGACGUCGACCGACUCCCUUUCCGGCGACGACGACGACGAUGGACCCAUCACCGAAUCCCCGCUCUUCGUCACAUGGAACACCAUCUCACCAAGCUCGGGCCACCGCUCGCUGCGGGGUUGCAUCGGCACCUUUGAGGCGCAGGACCUCGAGGACGGCCUGUCGAGCUACGCCCUCACGUCGGCGCUGCACGACAUGCGAUUUCCGCCCGUCGAGGCGUCGGAGCUGCCCUCGCUCGAGGUGGCCGUGACGCUGCUUACCGACUUUGAGGAGGCCGACGACGCCAUGGACUGGACCCUCGGCGUGCACGGCCUGCGUAUCAGCUUCACCCACCACGGCAAGCGGUAUGGCGCCACAUACCUCCCCGACGUCGCCGUCGAGCAGGAGUGGACCAAGGAGGAGACGCUCAUAAGCCUGAUGCGCAAGGCCGGUUGGAUGGGCAGCAAGAGCAAGUGGCGCGACGUUGAGCUCAAGGUUGUGCGCUACCAGGGCAAGAAGGAUUCGUUGGAGUACGGUGAGUACAAGAAGUGGGCAGACUGGGUCAAGAACAACAAGUCAAAGUCUGGCUGA